AUGCUGCAACUCAGCGCACGCUCAAUAACAACUCUCAUACUCACAAUCUUCACUUAUUACCUCGUCAAAUGGACAUACAAUGCCUUUUUCCACAAACUAUCCAAGAUACCGGGACCUCUCAGCUGGCGAGCGUCUCGGCUUCCCUUCAUCAAGUCAUUUUUGCAAGGCACCAUCAUUCAUGACAUUGAGCGGCUUCAUGAAAGAUAUGGACCAAUCCUCCAGAUUGCGCCAGACGAACUGACCUUCGCCCAUCCCGACGCUUGGAACGAUAUUCUACAAGCUCGCCCCAGCCAUCAACAAUUCCCGAAAGAUCCCCAAUGGUGGCAACACGCCGGGCCACCAUCUCUUAUAAGCACAUUAGAUCCUCAAAAUCACGCCCGCAUGCGCAAGACACUCGCACCUGGUUUCACAGAACGCGCACUACGAGAACAGGAACCGAUCCUGCUCCAAUACGUCAACUUGCUAAUUGAAGGGUUACGUGGCAAGAUCAUUGCAAACAAGAAAGAGGGGGCAGGUGGAACAGUCAUCAACGAUUCUGAGUUCCAUCCAUGGAUUGCCAUGCUUUUCAACAGCGUCAAAGGAGCGUCCUUCGUAUCAGCUGCAAAAUGCAUCCCGCCGCGCUUAAAGAAAAUGCAGAACAAUCACUUCAAGUUCAUCGCCAACAAAGUAGGGCGCAGGAUGAACUGGGAAGCAGAAAGAUCCGAUAUUAUUGGCCACGCGCUGAAAGAGACGAAAGAGGGCAAAGGAAUGUCACGAGAUGAGAUCGACUCGACAUUCGCGAUCAUGGCCACCGCCGGAAGCGAGACAACUGCAACGGUCCUGGGUGGCACAAUAAAUUACUUGGCCAACAAUCCGGACAAAUGCAAGCUUCUGGCGCAAGAAAUCCGAUCCAGCUUCAAAAGUAAAAUCAAAAUCACCAUGGUCAAGGUCAGAGAUCUGAAAUAUCUCAACGCAGUAAUAAACGAAGCACUACGUCUCUGCCCACCAGUGCCUUGGAUUCUACCUCGGUUGGUGCCAUCGGCUGGAGAUAUAGUCUGUGGAACGUGGCUCCCAGGAGGUACUCGAGUAUCAAUCCAAGCAUACUCCCUGCAUCGGAACCCAAGUUGUUUCCACGCAGCUUCAUCAUUUAUCCCAGAGCGAUGGCUUGCAGAAAAUAGCGAGAAUAUGGAUUCGCCAUUUUUCAAUGACAGACGUGAUGCCGUACAAACUUUUAGUGUAGGACCUCAAGCAUGCAUGGGAAAAGGUCUCGCAUGGGCGGAGAUGCAGCUAAUCCUUGCUAAAUUCUUCUGGAACUUUGAUAUGAGUGCUGUAGAAGGGGAGAAACUGCGUUGGGAGGAUCUACGGACGUUUCUCUUGGUAGAGAAACGGCCCAUCCGAGUUGUACUAAAGGUUAGAGCCUCAUGA